AUGGCCGAGAAACCCCUCAAAUCCACCUGCCACUGCGGCGCCGUCACCGUGAUACUGCCUCAUGUGCCAAAGGAAAUCAACGAGUGCCAAUGCACAAUCUGCCGCCGCUACGCCGCGGCCUGGGCGUACUACAAGGUGGACGAGGUGCAAUUCGACUUGAGGCCCGGCGCCAAGCUCUCUCAGUAUGUCUGGGGAGACAAAGAGAGAGCCUUCAAUUUCUGUGCGAACUGCGGAUGCGUAUGCUAUCACUGGCCUUUUGAGGAAAAGAACCCAGAUGGCAGCACGGCCAACUUUGGCGUCAACACGAGGAACAUGGAUCCCAUGGACAUCCUGCACGUCAGCCGACUGAUCGACAGGUCCUGGCUGUUCCAGCCGGUCAACAACCCAGCCAUGGCGCAUGAGCAGGACCGGGCCACCUACUGA